GACAAUCGCUCAAUACUCGCAGUUAAAAAUUAGCCUGCCUGGCUGCCAUUGUUUAUCUCUUUUCGCGAUGUCCUCGGCGGCUAUUUAAGGUCGCACAAAUGACCAAAUUCAUUCAUAAGCACAACAGUUCAUCUAGUGUUUAGACUACAACAAGCUGAGAUUACAAAGCCUUAACGUUGCGAAAAUUCUUUCUGUGUGCAAAAUGCAUAAAGUUAAAAAUAUUUAUAAUAAAUCUUUCUGCAAAAAUGGCAUGGCCUUUACCGAGGAUCACAUCGUAGUACGCUGCAUUCGUGUUAUUCAUGGCCGAGUUUCAGAAUAUGAUUUGGAGCAAUAUUUUCUUCAAUUCGGCUCUGUUGAAAAAUUCGAAAUAACCUAUAACCGCGAGGCCUACCGAUAUAAAAAACUCUUCAGAAGCUAUAUUCGUUUCGUCGAACCGGAAGCUGCAUUCAGGCUUGCACAUCAAGAAUCUACUGCAACUGGAGCAUCUCUCCCUCCACAACUGUUUUCAGGUUCGACAACAGAAUGUAAAAACCAUAUGUAA